UUUUUUAGCCUCGGAGGAGAGGAUAGUGCUGCUCAACCCUCUUUUCCUUUGUGCACACAAGGCUGGAAGGCCCUAUACGUGACGCCUUGCACGUAUCUGGAAAUCUCGGAGAAAGGUGAUGAGCGACGAGUGUUGUUGAUGGGAAACUGUGAUGUCGCCAACGUUCGAGAACCUCUUUGCCUUGGUCAUCGGAAUCGACAGCUACGCUGAGUGUAGAACCCUCACUGCUUCAGUUCUGGACGCCAAAGCCAUCGUCGCCUUUUUGAAGAGCAUCGGUGUCCCCGACCGGAACAUCAUCAGGCUCUAUGAUCAAGGUGCUACGUUCGACGGCAUUCUGAAAGGGUUUGAAGCCCUCGUCACCCGUGCAGACAUCAAGAAGGGCCAUUCCUCCAUUUUCAUUUAUUUUUCUGGACACGGCGCGUCGGAUUACAAGUCUGCUCUUCCAAAAAGUCAAGAGCGUUAUUGGUCAGGAUGGGAUGAAAACGUUAUUGAGCAGAUAUGCCCUCAAGAUAUCGGCCAAAUGCCCGGUAUUCCAGAUCGCAUGAUGGCUGCCUGGCUUAACAAGCUCGCAAAGGAUAAAAGCGAUAAUAUCAUCCUGAUGCUGGAUUCUUGCUACGCUGCUGGGAUGACUCGAGCAGAUGACGGCGGACAAAGCGAUGACAUCGACGAGUUUGAAACACGUACCAUCGUCGACCCUCCCCCGCUCUCUUUCAGUGAUGAGAUCUGGUCCCGCAUACCUUCCAUCGACGAGACAGAUAUCCUCACCCGAGAUCAAACUCCUUCUGACUCACGCCCGACUCGAAAUCCAUCGGGUUUCGAAUUCAUGUACAAUCAUUCUCACGUCCUGUUAGCUGCCUGCAGCAGGGAUAGCAAAGCACAAGCGAAGAAACACAAGGGCGGCGUAUUCACCACUGCUGUCUUGGACAUUUUGGAGUCGGCGAGGGCUCGGGGACAAAACAUAUCAAAUAUCAGCUAUGUUUCUCUCAUGGAGGGGCUGCAUCAACCAAUCCUCCGGCUCCUGCAGAGUCGAACUGGCGUUGUCCGUACGCAGUUUCCUCAUUGCGAAGGCGUCAGCAGCAAUCGUGGCAUUUUCAGUCAUGAGGUGGUAUUCGUUGAUAACGAGCUUGUACGGGUGACACAAAAGGACGGUCGAAUCUUUCUCUGUGCCGGACAUGCUCAAGGAGUCAUCCCAGGCUCUGAGUACUCCGUACAUCGGGACAGGGAUAUGCCAGCAGCCUCGAGCGCACUCUUAGGAACGAUACUGCAGGUCUCCAAUAUUGAUACGUUCCAAGCAGAGCUGAUGCUUCAUGGCAUGCCGCUUUCCUAUUUUCCCCGGUCUUGCUUUGCAAAAUUCAUGAGAGCCCCUCACAACUCUCCGCUAUUGAGCGUGUUUUGCAAUGAUAGUACAUGGGUUCGGCAUGUCAUUGGAAGGAGGCAGGAUAUCCGAUGGGUCGGUUGUCGUGAGGAUGCCCAGAUAGAGCUCGUCAUUGACAAUCAGGAGAUUGCAUUUUACACCCUCACUCCUGUGAGAGGCAAUGUGUACAGCUGUGAAUCAGGACGCAUACCCAGAUGGGUUAGGACUUCCGCCGGGAUGGAGGAGAACAAAGACCGGGCGAUGGACGUUCUCCGCUGGGCCAAUAGAUUCUACUAUCAUCUGAAUCGACAUUCGGUCAUCUCGGGUGUUUCGCUGGAGUUUCAUGCAUUGGGGAAGGUCUCCCCCCCGACCCGUGACAAAGAUGCAUCGUACAGUCGGAUUGGGCACAAUCUCUUUGAUAAGUAUGGACAAGCGGUCAUCAAGAUUGAUAAUCCCAAAAGUCCGUUUGGAGUGACGCUCUAUAACAGAAGCAGCAUUGAUUAUUAUCCAUACUUUUUCGCUUUCGAGUCUGAUUUGUCGAUAUCUUCAUCUGCCUUUGAUGAACCACAGUUCAGCGUCGUGCAUGGGCAGUCCGACGUCGUUGACUGUCCGCUGCCAAGAGGAUCGUCAAUGACUUUGGGGUGUGGAUCUGCGAGCAAUCCGGUUUGCUUCCCGCUUUUGCCGGGAAUGGUUCAUGAUGUCACCGUGUGGAAGAUUUUCCUGACCACAGAUCGUGUGGAUAUGGGGUCGAUUGGACAGAGUUCCGAAGUUAUCUGGGGAAAGAGGAGGGCGAGUUUGAAAGACCCGGAGAGCUACGUUCAGCAUUGGGCCGAUGUAUCUGGGACAGUUGUCCAGUUGAAGAGUUAUUGAGCUGUAGUAGGCUGUGCCAGGCCUGGGAGAUUGCCCGGAUUGGAAUAGCUCAUUCCUUAAGCGCCCAAGUUAUUAAGCCCCAG